AUGCGACCCAUUGACACGACUAAAUGGUCUAUCGAUUAUUCAUAUGCUGGUGCAGCUUAUAUAGCAUAUAUGAUAGCAGCAGCAUAUGCAGGAGGAGCGAUAAGUACCAACCAGUCAAUUUAUGCUGAUAUUCUCUCCAUUGGACUCGGUGGUGGAUCCUUAAAUAAUUUCCUUCGACAUAUGACGAAAAAUACCAACAUCACGAUCAUUGAAAUCAAUAAGGAAAUGGUGGAUUUGGCAAAAACUUAUUUUGGUUUAAUCGAAGACGACAGGCAACGAUGUAUUGUCGGAGAUGGUGCCAAAUUUGUGAAAAAGUUUGCUGAAAAAGGAAAAAAAUUCGAUGUUGUCGUUCUGGAUGCUUGCGAUACAAAUGAAACUUCUAAAUGCCCAAAUGAUGCAUUCAUACAACCAUCAGUUACGAAAUAUUUUCCAAAAAUUCUAAAAAAAUCAGCAGGCAAUUUAUUGCUUGAAAUAAAUUCAUUCAUUGCUCAUGGCCAAAGCUCAAAAACUCAAACAAAUCUCAACAUUAAAUCGUGCAGAAAUAAAGUUUACAAAUUGACUCAAGCUUCCGGAUGGACUGUACUGAGGACUCAUCCAUAA